UCGAUGAGUCCCUUUCAUUGAAGUCUCAUGGUGUUGGAGGUGGAUGCGUGUGGUAAAUCGGACUCAGCUCGUCGGUGUUCACUAUGGCGUCGAAGUUUGUGGGGUCUCCGCUUUCUUGCGUCGUCGUCUUAUUUCUCUGCGUGAUCUCUGUCGCAGACUGUGCACUCGGUGUAACGAUGAAUCUGAGAAGGAAGAGCUCGUAGGCAUUUCUGUGUGGCGGUUUCACGCAAGGGGCGACGAAGGGCUGCGAGAUUUUGCGACUAGAAGCAGGAUAGUGAUAAAUUUUGUUGUUAUUACAUGAUGCCAGGGCUUUCUAACUGGCGCGAUGAAGGUUCAGGAGAUCUAGCAACUGGCAAUGGAGAGUCCGAAGUAAAGACUUUUGGAGCUGGAUUUCUUACCAGGCAUAUUCUCCAGACACAAGGACACUGUCCAAUAGAAUUCAGUACAAUAAAUUACACCGUGGUGACCAGCGUUUGCAAAGUAAUCCAGGAUCAUAACAUGUCGGAGGUUAAUAACCAAACGGUUUGCUGCGAAUCAUUUGCUUUACUCGCGUGUCCCUAUGCUGAUCUCCUCAACAACGAAACAUUACUCUGUGCAACUGAUCUGUUCGCCAAUCUCAACUAUCAAGGGAGUUACCCAGGAGGAAUUUUUCAGAAUUGCGGAGAUGGUAAUGGUGUAGCGUGCCCUUCAACGCCACCACCAAACCCAAACCAGACCAAUGCCACCAUGGAUGUACCUUGGACAUUCUUCAUCAUCUUGUUAUCUCUUAUGUCACUAGUUAAUUGUCAUUGGUGAUGCUCUGGGUUGGCAGUAUAAUUGCGUCUAGAGGCUGUGAUAUAUGUUUUCAAGUAAUAUAUACAUAUAUGUGAAUGUAGAUUAGUGUAGGCCCAAUAAGGAAUAAGUUUUGAAUUUUCAAUCUACUACUCUCUAAAUUACCUAGCCUUCAACUUAUUUGCCUCCCUAUUUCUCUUAUAUUUCUUCCCUCUAUUUCUAAUAAUUCAAUCAAUGGUUGUAUUUGACA